UGUGAGGCACAGACAGGAGGAAACCUGUUGUAAUGGCCGCUACUUUCUCCUCUGCUCUAGAUGUUCAUUUUGCUGUCUCUCAAUCUGAUCCAAAAAGACCCAUUUUCUUCACCAAGAGACUGAAACAUCAAAACCCUAGUCAAAGAUUUUGCAUUUCUUGUAAGACCUCCAAGUCUUCUUCUUCUUCAAAACCUCAGCAAAACCCACUAGAAGAACAGUCACCCAAAAAAACCCAGUCUUUAUCGGAGCAGCUUCAGCCACUUUCCACCACCACACUGCCCAAAAAAGACCAAGCUGCUCGUCUCUCUUCGAACCCAAAGUCCACUUGGGUCAAUCCUUCCAAGCCUAAAAGAUCCGUGCUUUCACUACAAAGACAAAAGCGGUCACCUCAUGCAUACAAUCCACAACUCAGAGAGCUAAAACUCUUUGCAAAGAAGCUUAACGAUUGUGAAAACAAUGAAGGUGCUUUCCUAAGUGUUUUGGAACAAUUCCCACAUCAACCCAACAGAGAAAAUUCACUUUUGAUACUCAACAGCUUGAAACCAUGGCAAAAGGCUUAUUUAUUCUUCAAUUGGUUAAAGACCAAUAAUUUUUUCCCCAUGGAAACUAUAUUCUACAAUGUCAUGAUGAAGUAUUUGAGGCUUGGGGGACAAUUUGAGGUCAUAGAAGAACUUGCUAAUGAAAUGGUAAGCAAUGAGAUUCCACUUGAUAACAUUACAUAUUCAACUAUUAUUAGUUGUGCUAGAAGAUGCUAUCAUUUUGAUAAGGCUGUUGAGUGGUUUGAAAGAAUGUAUAGAACUGGUUUAAUGCCUGACGAAGUUACUUAUUCUGCAAUUCUUGAUGUUUAUGCGAAAUUGGGUAAAGUUGAGGAAGUGAUUAGCUUGUAUGAAAGAGGGGUAGCUAGUAGUUGGAAACCAGACAUGGUUACAUUCUCUGUGUUAGCAAAGAUGUUCGGUGUUGCAGGAGAUUAUGAAGGGAUUAAGUAUGUUUUGCAAGAAAUGAAAUCUGUUGAGGUUAAGCCUAAUUUGGUUGUUUACAAUACUUUGAUAGAGGCAAUGGGGAGGGCAGGGAAACCUGGGUUUGCAAGGAACCUUUUUGAGGACUUGAUUGAGUCUGGUUUAAGUCCGAACGAGAAGACUUUAACUGCCAUUGCAAAGAUAUACGGCAAGGCGAGGUGGGAGAAAGAUGCACUGAAAUUAUGGGAGGAAAUGAAGUCGAAAAACUGGCCUGUUGAUUUUAUUUUGUAUAAUACUUUGUUAACUAUGUUUGCAGAUAUCGGUUUAGUUGAGGAGGCAGAGCAGCUUUUUAUUGACAUGAAGCGAUCAGAGAAUUUUAAGCCGGAUAGUUGGAGUUACACGGCAAUGCUAAACAUAUAUGCAAGUGGAGGAAAUGUCGAUAAGGCGAUGGAGUUGUUCAAAGAGAUGUUUGAAGUAGGUGUUGAGCUUAAUGUAAUGGGAACCACUUGUUUGAUUCAAUGCUUGGGGAAGACCCGAAGAAUCGACGAGUUGGUGAGGGCCUUUACUGUCUCGAUUCAACAAGAGAUCGAACCGGAUGAUAGACUUUGCGGGUGCUUGUUAUCUGUUGUGUCCCUAUGUGAUAACAGGGAGGAUAUUGAUAAAGUUCUCGCUUGCUUGCACCAAGCUAAUCCUCGGUUAGUUGAAUUCGUGGAAUUGAUCGAAGACGAGAAAAGUAGUCUCGACACCGUUAAAGAAGAGUUCAGACGUGUCCUCAGUGACACUAAAGAUGACGCUAGAAGACCGUUCUGUAAUUGCUUGAUUGAUAUAUGUCGAAGCAAGAAUCUCCACGAGAGAGCACAUGAUUUGCUUUAUCUAGGAACUCUAUAUGGGUUGUACCCGCGCUUACACAACAGAACAGCAGACGAGUGGAGUCUGAACGUUCGAACAUUAUCUGUUGGUGCAGCCAAGACCGCACUUGAAGAGUGGAUGGGGACUUUGGCCAAAAUUGUUAAGCGUGGAGAAGCAUUACCGGAGUUGUUCUCAGCUCAAACCGGGACUGGAACUCAUAAAUUUGCUCAGGGACUGUCGAAUUCCUUUGGUUCUCAUUUGAAGGAACUUGGAGCACCAUUCAAGAACAGUGAAGAUAAAGUUGGUUGCUUUGUAGCAACAAGGGAGGAUUUACUGUUGUGGUUACAAUCAAAGAUUCCAUCAUCAUCCACUGUUAUAUCUUAAAUAGCUUUCAAAUAAUGGGAAUUCCACACCGUUAAUUUUUUUUUUUAUAAAAAAAACACUGAUCUUUGUGGAGUUAUGGUACAUGGUUCGAAUUCAUAUUGAAGAAUUGUGUUUUAAAGUUUGAAACUUUGAAUUCAGCUGAAAGCUUGAAACUUUCCCAAACAUUGGAGCAGAUCAUGAGAGUUGAAAGCUAGAAACAUUUAUUUGUUUAAUAAAUUAAUUAGUUAAAUUUA